UCGUUUCAUUGUUAUGAAUGAAGCAUUGGAGUACCUCGCGAUUCACAUAAGUAAAUGGUCAACUCAUGGUCAUGUGUGCUACGUUUCUGUGACUAGGUCUUUUAUUUGCAGUUUAUUUUAGCUCGUGAAACCUUAACGUUCAAAAUGCUGCAGUUUGAUUGUAGACUGCAACUCUUCGCAGCCAUUUGUUUCGUCGCUGUCCUUAGCUCCGUCAAGUGCGAUGGAUCUGAUAAGGAGAGUGCGGCUAACUCUCCAUCUCAAACACACGCUGAACCAGCUCAAUCUGGAGCUCAGUCUCAAAGCAAUGGAACUGAGCCACUUUUUUUAGGAGAAAUACACUCUGAAGCUAGAAUGAUGAAUGGAAGUAUCGAAACACUAGCCAACGGAUCACUCCUGGUGAAGACAGUUACAAUGGAUUGUGUUGAUGGAGAUUGCUCCAAAAGAUUAAGCCAGCGGGUUCUUUCUGGUGAGGAAGGUCCGGAGGAAAUCGGCGAAAUCCCACUUCUUGAUCAGCCAGCGGUGAAUCGUUAAUUGUACUUUGAAUCGGCGAGUAAUACAUUACAACUAGACUAAGAUAAUAAAAAAGGAAAACAGUCACAUUUGCAACAAAAAUCAAGAGUUACACGUGUUUUUAACUUGCAUCAUAUCAAAUUUUCUCCUGCUAACUAACCAAGCAUGAACAUAGAGCUCAUUUUUUUAUUACGUAUAACUUAAAGAACUCCACGCAGAAACCCAUUUAUACACAUUUUAUCCUAUUUUGAACUAAAUGAGGUCACUUGUUUCCCGCUUUUCAGUGCGUUCAGUCCAAUUCUCUCAUGAAAAAAUGUUAGUUACCAUAUGUAUUGUACGUACUUUCCUCCAGUGAACGCAUUACCAACCCUUUCCGAGACGGUUAAUUUUUUCCCGUUCUUAAUCCACAACAUAUACAUAGUUCACACGCGUAAGCUUCUGAACUUGUGUUAUUUUCAUUUUUUUUUUUUUUUUUUUUUUUUUUUUUUUUUUUUUUUUUGCAAUACAGCUGAAAAUAUGCUUCAUUUUUGAGACAGAAAGCUGUGAGCAAACACAACAUCUACUUCCUUCGUCCACUGAUUGCAAUUUUUGAGCACUCGAAGAAAUCCAAAUUGAGCCUGAGGACGCAUGUUAAGUGAGAAAUGCAUGUCAAUUUCUCAUGUGACCUUUAUAGAAAUCACUAAAAUUUAGCCUUUAUUUUUCUUCUAUCUUCUUCCGUUCAUUUUCUCAUUUGUUUCAUUAAACCUUGUCAGUUGAUUGGCCUCCAGCGUUAUCACUAUAAUAUUGUCAAAACUGCAAACAAAGUCAGCUAGAGACAUGAUUUUAUUGUAACUUACCGCCGGGUUGAUUUUGCAUAUGCCCUCUUACUUGUUGAAUUAUUUUAAUGUUUCUUGAUUUUAAUAAACAUCUAUUCUUCUUGAAUAAGUCAAAAUCA